GAAAGAAUGAACAAUGUGACAGAAUUUAUCCUGCUCGGCCUGACAGAGAACUCAGAUGUACAGAAACUCUUGUUUAUUGUGUUUACACUCAUCUACUUUCUCACCCUGGCAGGCAACCUACUCAUUGUAGUGACAAUCACCACCAGCCCACUCCUGGAAUGUCCCAUGUAUUUCUUUCUGUCUUUCUUAUCUUUCAUAGAUGUUUGUUCCUCAUCUACCAUGGCCCCCAAAAUGAUAUUUGACUUACUUGCUGAGAAGAAAACUAUUUCCUUCAGUGGGUGCAUGACUCAGGUCUUUGCAGAGCAUUUCUUUGUGGGAGCUGAGACCAUCCUGCUCAUGGUGAUGGCCUAUGACCGCUACAUGGCCAUCUGCAGGCCCCUGCACUAUAUGACCACAAUGAGCUGGCGGGUGUGUGGCCUCCUGGUGGUCCUGUCCUGGGCUGGGGGAUUUCUUCAUGCUCUGAUUCAAGUCCUUUUCAUUGUAUGGUUACCCUUCUGUGGCCCAAAUGUCAUUGACCAUUUCAUCUGUGAUCUUUACCCUCUCCUGAAAGUCUCUUGCACUAACAUGCUCACUUUUGGACUCUUUAUUGUUGCUAACAGUGGGCUGCUGUGCAUGCUCAGUUUUUCUAUUCUUAUCACUUCCUAUGUCUUUAUUCUUUGCUCCCUCAGACCUCACAGCUCUGAAGGACAGUGGAAGGCCAUCUCCACCUGUGCCUCCCAUAUUACUGUCGUCAUCUUACUGUUUGUUCCCUGUAUAUUUGUGUACACUUGGCCCAUGACCACCUUCCCCAUUGAUAAAGCAGUGGCUGUGUUUUAUACUCUAGUAACACCCAUGUUAAACCCUUUAGUCUACACCCUCAGAAAUGCAGAGGUGAAAAAUGCCAUGAAGAAGCUCUGGAGCCAAGAGAUUGUAAUUUUAUUGAGAUAUAUUCAUACGUCAUAUAAUCAAUCCAACAUAUACAAUCAGUGGUUCACAGCCUGCAUUGGUUCUGACAGGAAGAAUGAGGCAAUUCUUAUCUUCUUCCCUGCACAACCAUAUAAACUGCAACCUUAUACUCUUCAGAUGAGGAAACCGAAGCACAGAAAAGUUGGGAAAUUUGUCUCAGAUGACAAAUACUGA